AUGACUACUUUGGGCAACCUGACCCCCUCAAGCACUGUGUUUUUCUGCUGUGAUAUGCAGGAGCGAUUCCGGCCUGCCAUCAAGUAUUUCGGUGAUAUCAUCAGCGUGGGCCAACGGCUGCUCCAAGGUGCACGGCUCUUAGGAAUUCCAGUUAUUGUAACUGAACAGUAUCCCAAAGGUCUUGGCAGCACUGUGCAAGAAAUUGAUUUAACAGGAGCUAAACUUGUACUUCCUAAAACAAAAUUUUCAAUGGUGUUGCCAGAAGUCGAAGCAGCUUUAGCAGAGAUCCCUGGAGUCCGCAGUGUUGUCUUGUUUGGAGUAGAGACUCAUGUCUGCAUCCAGCAAACAGCACUGGAAUUAGUCGGCAGAGGUCUGGAAGUUCAUAUUGUAGCUGAUGCCACCUCAUCAAGAAGUAUGAUGGACAGAAUGUUUGCUCUUGAGCGUCUUGCUCGCACUGGAAUUAUAGUUACUACUAGUGAAGCUAUAUUGCUACAGCUGGUAGCUGAUAAAGAACACCCAAAAUUCAAAGAAAUCCAAAAUCUCAUUAAGGCGAGUGCCCCUGAGUCAGGGCUCCUUUCCAAAGUUUAAAGAGGGUGUGGAGGAAGCAGAUCUCGUCAUCGUCUUUAAGAAGGAAGGAAAGCUGUGAGCACACAUGUACGCCAUCUUUCACCCAAAGUUUGGUAGAAGUGUAAAAUUAAAAAUUUACAUACUCGUGUUUGCCUUAGCAAAACUGUCUGGUUAUACAUAUGGCUACCAGUAUGUUCUGUUUAGUUACAGCUGUCAGAGGCUUUGGGUUACCUUAGGACCCUUU